AUGACGAUGCACGAGUCAAAUAAAAGUCAAUUUGUAUCAAGGACCAUUGAAGAUUAUUUAUCACAAGGUGAAUUAGAUCGGGUGAUUCAAAAUAUAGAUCAGAUGGAUACAAAAGAGAUUAUAGAAGCCUUUGAUGAACAUGAGAGUAUUUCGGAAGAUGAAGAUUUAAAUAAUGUUAUUGAUGAAAUUAAGCUUCAAGGAUUUGCUUCAACCCUUCGCUUUUAUUGUUCAGUUAAAAGAGGCGGCCCGGAACAAGGAAGUAUAUCUGUAAGUCUUGACAAUAUUUAUAACAUCCUGACAAAUGGUGAGUGA